AACGGGCGGGCGGCUACUUCCGGUGCUCUGAGGGCUCUGGGCUGAUGCGGGGUAAUUCCUCUUCUGCAGUUACUUUUGGAUGGAAGUAUGCACUUUUCCCAAUAGAAGAUGGUAAUCUUGGAGAAUGACCAUGGAGAAGGGGAUGAGUUCUGGAGAAGGACUGCCUUCCAGAUCAUCUCAAGUUUCGGCUGUUAAAACAACAGCGAAAGAGUUGGAAACGAAGCAGUCCCAUAAAGAGAAACGAGGGGGCUUUGUGUUGGUGCAUGCAGGUGCAGGUUAUCAUUCUGAAUCCAAAGCCAAGGAAUAUAAGCAUGUAUGCAAAAGAGCUUGUCAAAAGGCAAUUGAAAAGCUGCAGGCUGGUGCUCUUGCGACAGAUGCAGUGACUGCAGCCCUGGUGGAGCUUGAGGAUUCUCCUUUUACAAAUGCAGGAAUGGGAUCUAAUCUAAAUCUCUUGGGUGAAAUUGAAUGUGAUGCCAGUAUAAUGGAUGGAAAAUCCUUGAAUUUUGGAGCUGUUGGGGCACUGAGUGGAAUCAAGAACCCAGUCUCAGUUGCAAACAGACUCUUGUGUGAAGGGCAGAAGGGCAAACUCUCAGCCGGCCGAAUUCCUCCCUGCUUUUUAGUUGGAGAAGGAGCCUACAGAUGGGCAGUAGAUCAUGGAAUACCCUCUUGCCCUCCCAGCAUCAUGACCACAAGAUUCAGUUUAGCUGCUUUUAAAAGAAACAAGAGGAAACUAGAGCUGGCAGAAAGGGUGGAAACAGAUUUCAUUCAACUAAAGAAAAGAAGACAAUCAAGUGAAAAGCUGAUACACGCUCAGCCCACAGAGGCCCCGCCAUUGGAGGGACCGGUUUCAGGAGCCGGAUGCGGAGCCUGGCCCAGGUUUCCUGUGCCCAGAUCUGUCAUCGCAUCUUUAGGACUCUUGAAGGAGAACGACUCAGGUGCUUUGGACACAGUGGGCGCUGUGGUUGUGGACCACGAAGGGAAUGUGGCUGCUGCCGUCUCUAGUGGAGGCUUGGCCUUGAAACAUCCGGGGAGAGUUGGGCAGGCUGCUCUUUAUGGAUGUGGCUGCUGGGCUGAAAAUACUGGAGCUCAUAAUCCCUACUCCACAGCUGUGAGUACCUCAGGGUGUGGGGAGCAUCUCGUGCGCACCAUACUGGCUAGAGAAUGUUCACAUGCUCUACAAGCUGAAGAUGCCCACCAGGCUCUGCUGGAGACUAUGCAAAACAAGUUCAUCAGCUCACCUUUCCUGGCCAGCGAAGACGGCGUGCUCGGAGGGGUGAUUGUCCUCCGGUCCUGCUGGUGUUCUGCAGAGCCUGACUCUUCCCCAGAUAAGCAGACGCUUCUGGUGGAAUUUCUGUGGAGCCACACGACCGAGAGCAUGUGUGUUGGAUACAUGUCUGCCCAGGAUGGGAAGGCCAAGACUCAUAUUUCCAGACUCCCUCCCGGCGCGGUGGCCGGACAGUCCGUGGCCAUUGAAGGUGGGGUCUGCCGCCUGGAGAGCCCGGUGAGCUGAGCCUUCCAGCGGAACCCGGAGCGUCGAGGGCACCACCGAACCCGAGCUCCACGGGGUUCUAACGAAGUUGGAUGUUUUCCCUUCCUCAUUUCAUAACUUCUGUCGCAGCCUCUUGCGUCCGUCGCGACACUAGUGCUGCUGUAGUUAGCGCUUGGCGACACGCGGGUCUUGGGCGGGCGAGUGGGACGCUGUGUGUGUGUGAGUGUGUGUGCGUGCGUGUGCUCGCUUCUUCAAUGAAUUAGAAACUCCUUCUUAUUAUGUAACCUCAGACCAGGAAUGAUUAAAUCAUCUUCCCAAAAUGUGUGCUUUAACUGUUUACAGGUAAAACCUAAAGUUACAGGAAACGGUUGAUUUCACAAAGCGGUACAGACUGUGUUGAUGUAACAUGUAAUGUGUCUGAAACUGCAGAGGAAGUCUGCUUGUUGCAGUGAUUGACAGUGGCGUGCUCCUGAUCACAGUGCUAGGAACCAAGUGUUUUUAUUUGUUAGCCAGUUUAAGUGGAUCCUGUGGUGACUUAAACUGCUGUUCUCAUCCCUCAUAUGGGGCAUUUUUCUUUAACAAAGAAUGGUUUCAGUGAAACAAUCUAGCAGAGAAUUAAGGUCAGAACCUUUUUAAAUAAUAGUCUUAUUGAUAAAGUUUGUACUUCCUUCCUCAAGCUUUUCUAAGCUUAAAUCCUGCAUAGCUUCGAGCUGUGUGUACUGUAUUAUGAAAGACUAUGUAAAGAGAACAUACAGUAAUGCAGUCCUUAAUCUGUGUAUAAUGGAAUGUUAUUUACAAUGUAACACUGUAAAUAAGAAAGCAAAAUUUAUGGGAAAAUUCAAUAUUAUCUUUGUUUCUUGUUUAAAUAUAUUUUUAAGAUAAAAGGCACAAAAAUAAAAGAAGCAUAUUACUGGAUAUAGGUGUGUGAUUCUCCUCUGACUAAUAAAUUAUCUUUUGAAUCCUA